AUGGUCUACAACAACCAAGACCAAGGACUAGAAGAAAAAUUGAAGGUUGAACCAAGACUUCGCAAAAUAACAAGAACACAAAAAUCUUUUGGUCCUAAAUUUCUAGCUUUUAUGGAGAAAAGUGAACCUCUAAUCUUCCAAGAAGUUGUCAACUCUUCAGAAGAAUCUCUAUGGAAUGAAGCCAUUAAAAAUGAAAUAAACUCCAUUGUGGAAAACCACACAUGGGAAUUGGUGGAUCUUCCUCUAGGAUGCAAACCAUUUUACAAAUGGAUUUUCAAAAAAUUGAAUGAUUUAUUACGUUUCUAUUUCCAUGGUCACUUCGAAGAACUGGGAACUAUGACUACAAAGUCAGUGUCAUCUAUUCAGCAACCUCCCAAUAAAGUGGAGGAAGAGAAACUACUUCGGGUGCUAAGGGAGAAUAAAAUAGACAUUGGAUGGUCAAUUGCAGAUAUCAAGGGGAUCAACCCAUCGCUAUGCAUGCACAAAAUACUUAUGGAGGAAAAAUCCAAGCCAAGCAUUGAUGACAUCAUCUACCUAAUAUCAGAUAGUGGAUGGAUCAGUGCAGUACAGGUUGUUCCCAAGAAAGGGGGCAUCACAGUGAUGUUGGAGAGACUAGCAAGGCACUCGCAUUACUGUUUUCUAGAUGGGUACUCCGGGAAUAAUCAUAUUCCAGUAGCACCUGACGAUCAGGAGAAUACAACUUUCACAUGUCCCUACGGUACCUUUGCAUACCGUAGGAUGCAUAUUGGUUUAUACAACGCUCCUGCCACUUUUCAGCGUUACAUGAUGGCUAUCUUUUCGGAUAUGAUUGAGAAACUCAUCGAGGUAUUCAUGGACAACUUCUCAGUGUUUAGAUCUUCGUUUGAUGAGUGUUUGGAGCAUCUGAGUCUUGUAUUACAGCGGUGUAUAGAGACCAAUUUGGUAUUGAAUUGGGAGAAAUGUCACUUUAUUGUACAGGAGGGCAUCGUUUUAGGAUACAAAAUCUCAGCAAAGGGUAUUGAGGAAUUCACAUUUAAGUUUACGGAUGAGUGUUUACUGGCUUUUAACACCUUGAAAGAGAAGUUGACUUCAACACUCGUAAUCAUCACACCGGAUUGGAACCUGUCAUUUGAAUUAAUGUGCGACGCCAGUGAUUUUGCUAUUGGGGCAGUAUUGGGACAAGAAGAAAUAAGAUAUUUCACGUGA